AUGCAUCACACUGGAGAGCACCAUAGCUCGUACAAUGAGGAUCUUGACAUUGUGUUACGGCUGCGCGAGCGAGCGAGGGAGCGAGCAGAAAUAAGACAUCGAUUGCUGGAUGAAGCCACGACUACCGCAAACAGAAUGAAUAUCAUUUUCCUGGGAGGUGGGGAGCCUUCCGAUCCGAGGGUUCAUGCCUUGGAAAGACGUCUCCUACGGAUUGCGGAGAGGUUUAUCCUACUCGAUGAGGCGCAGAACGAAGACGAAAAGCUAUCCAGACAGAUUUUGGAGCAUGGAGAGAACCGUAACUCCCACAACGAUGAUCUUGAUACUCUACUGUACCUGCGUGAGCGAGAGGCGCAGUGUGCAGAGAUAAAGCAUCGUAUGCUCGAUGAAGCUGCUCACGUUGCCAACAUGAUGAAUACCAUUUUCAUGGAAGGCGGAGAGCCUUCCGAUCCUAGGAUCCAGGCAAUAGGAGAGGCGGCUACUUCACAUCGCGGAGAGAUUUGA